AUGUAUCCAUUUCAUCUAACGAAUUAUCGAGAUCUCGGCGAUCUGAAACAUUCAGUGAUUGAUGAGCAACUAAUGAUUGACAUAUCAACAAAACUAAUCGAAAGUGUUUCGCCACCGAAAUUACAAGUCUGUGCACAUAACAAUCAAUGGUUUGCUCUGAACAAUAGUCAUUUAUUGGUCUACCGACAAUUAGAACGCAUUGGUCUAUGUGAUACUGUUGUUUGCGAUAUCAUACGAAGUCAAGAUGUACCAAUUGGUAUUCGGCAAACUCUUACACCGGUGGGAAGCGCACAGAACGAGAGAAAUCCUUGUUUCCAGAACUCAAAAGCUCGUAUGCUCCUCGACGAUGAAGAAGAUUGCAGUCAAGAUGAAAUUAUCUAUUGUUCCGAUGUUCCAGCUGAUUCAUGCGGUUGUUUAGAAGAUGAGGAUCCAUGCGAUAGUAGUGGUGCAACAGGUGCUGAUAGUGACGAUGAUGAUGACGACGACGACGACGAUGAAUCGGAGGAUGAACAAUCAAAAAAUCAGCGAAACUUUCCACUAGCAACGAAACCAACGACUAAUAUUCAACUGGAUGAGUUCGAUCUUGAAGAUGAUGGUAUUGAGGAUGGUCAAAAGGAAAUGCAAAGUUUAUUGUAA